CAGAGCAAUUAUAAUGAUUGAUAUUAUUCUAUGAUAAUGAUACCAUAAUUUCUAGUUUUGUCACAGAGGAAGCGGAACCGGACGAAAUGUAUCAAAACGCCUGCGGCGCUGCGGCCGCCAGCGCUGGGGGCUGUGUCGAGACCGAACGCGAAUGCCACAGUUUAAUUUCAAAGGAACCCAUGGUCCCAACUACCGAACACGAUUAUAUAGGAUUUGAUAUCGUCAAAGCCACCCAGUAUGGAGCUUUCCUAAGAGUUAAGGAGCUCGUUGAUGCGGGCUAUAAUGUAAACCAAAGAGACAGCGAGAAUGUCACUCUACUUCACUGGGCUGCUAUUAAUAAUAGGAAAGAUAUCAUGAAGUUUUUUAUUGACAAAGGAGCUAAAGUUGACGCUAUAGGUGGUGAAUUACAAGCCACUCCAUUGCAUUGGGCUACCCGUCAAGGGCAUUUGGAGGCAACAGUUAUUUUGAUGAAUGCAGGAGCAAAUCCCACUCUGCGAGAUGCCGAAGGAUGCACCUGCAUACACUUGGCAGCCCAGUUUGGACACACUGCUUUAGUAGCUUAUUUUGUUGCUAGGGGUGUCAGUCCUGAUCUGGUUGAUCGAACUGGAAUGACACCACUUAUGUGGGCUGUUUGGAAAAUAUCCAGUCUGGAUCCUACACGACUGUUGUUAACACUAGGGGCUUCUCCUAAUUGUACAGACUUACAAGGCAAUACAGCUCUGCAUUGGGCAAUUUUGGCAAGAAAUACCACUGCUAUAACCACCCUAAUUCUGCAAGGUCAAGCCAAUAUUAAUGUUCCAAACAAUAGUGGUGACACACCACUGUCCAUGUUGCAAUCCCAAAUAGGAUCUAUAUGGGUGAGCCCAAAAGUGGCAGACCUUAUAAAAGAACAAUCCAAAAUUGUCAGUUCAAGAAACUGUUUGUACAAAUUUGCCCGGGAUAAGCGCAUCAGAUGGUGGGUAAUGGUAGGAACUCCUUUUCUUGCGUUCUAUAUGGCAGGAGCAAUUAUUGGCACCAAUUUGUUGAUGCUUAUAAAAAUAUUUCUCCUAGUGUGUUUGUACAUAGUUAUACAUUAUAUAGGUCAGGUGUUGUAUGAUGAUCGACUGAUGGCUCUAUUGCCCCUAAGCAUUUAUCUGUCCACCAAAAUGUGGAUGUACUUCACUUGGUUUAUUUACAUAGCUCCAUACACUAGCAUUACUAUGACAGUUGUAUUUGUGAGCAGUUCUGGUAUGCUAUGGUACUGCUUCUUGAAAAGCUGGCUUGGUGAUUCUGGGGUUGUAACAAGUAGUCAGCAACUUCAGUUUAGAACUAUUUUAGAAUUGGCAGAGAGAGGUCCAGGUGGGUUUGAACCUUCAAAUUUUUGUUCAGCCUGUCUGGUGAGAAGACCUCUGCGUUCUAAGCAUUGUGCAGCUUGUAAUCAUUGUGUCGCAAGAUUUGACCACCAUUGCCCUUGGGUAGCUAACUGUAUUGGCGCCAAAAAUCAUAAAUAUUUUAUUGGAUUCUUAGCUAAUUUAGUGCUGAUGUGUGGUCAGUUACUGUAUGGUUCAAUACAAUACUGGCAGAAUGAUCCCACAUGUAAAGCCCUGGAUGAGUCAAACAAGGGAUUUUGGGCGACUAUUAUAGCUAUUGGCCAGUGUGACACUUGGGUGGCCUGGGUAGCCCUUAAUGCAUUCUUCCAUAGUAUUUGGGUUUUCAUGCUUCUCAUUUGUCAGCUAUACCAAAUAACCUUUCUGGGCAUGACAACCAAUGAGAGGAUGAACAAGGGCCGUUACAGUCACUUUGUAGCUAAUGGUGGAAAGAGCCCCUUCACUAAGGGCCCUAUUAGAAACCUGAUGGAAUUUUUCGAGUGUACCUGUUUCGGGGUCUUUAAGUCAGAGAGCCAAGACUGGAUGAGCAACUAUGAUAUCGACAAAAACAUCGAAAGAGAGCCCCUGAUUUGCACCAAAGAAACAUUCCAGUAUGUAUGAGGCAGGGAGUACCGUGGCCUUAUUGGCAGGCGACUGAGCUAUUGAAUGACUGAUUGCUCUCUAAGAAAAGUCUUAGCGCCGGUGGCAAUUUACCUGUCAAUAAAACCCAUUGGAUUAAGUUAAAUCCUGAACAAAGUGAUUUAGAGGUUUAAUACAAUAUGGUGUCUCAGAUAAAUGGAACUCAAAGACUAUUUACUAUUUGGUACAAAUGGACUCCAAACUAGAACAAAUGUCUAUGAUGGAUAAAGUGUCAUCUUGUCCAUUUGCAAUAAAUUAACAUUCCACAUUACACCAGAACCACGAGCCUUAGCAGUUUGCAUUGUUUUAUGCCAUAACUAUCAGUGAGUAACAUUUUGAUGUUUUCCAUUUAUUCUUUUUAUAUGUUGUAUUUAAAUGAAUUGAAUGCAAAAACGUCUAGUUGACAGUAGUUCCUGUCAAUUUAAGCUACUUAACCAAAGGUAAGCUACCUUUUGCCUUUGAUGGACAGGCAGCGAUUGAUGCCAAGUUCCAUGGUUGUUAAACAUAAUAGGCGAUUUCUUCUGCGGUUAGUUAUAUUUAAGUAAGCUAAAGCAAGCAAGCCGACCCAAGUAACAUUUAGUAAGCAAAAAAAUGUUGAAUGUAACCUACAUCCUGUGAUAGGUUAGCCCUGGUUUGUUUUUAAUUUCAGCCAGCAAAAUGUCCACAUAGUAUAGGGUGGUCCGUUUAUCAUAGGAUGACACCUUAUCUUGGAACCUGCACAAUAUAUCAAAAAAACUUACAGGCACAACCUGUUUAGAUUCAAUUAGGAUUUCCAAAUAUACUUAUUCUGUCAGAUGCCAUGUUAGUUGAGGAAUGCCGCAUGGUCAAGCGAGAUUUCAAAUCUCGCGCAUGCGCAUUUUAAAUGAAAUUUUUUCAUAGUUGCUUCAUAAAUUUCUGUUCUGUGGGCAUAGGCAGCGCCUCUAUGUCUCUGUAAUAGCUAUAUGGAUUUCUUCAACUGAAUACUUUUGUUAUGUAUUUGGAGUUGAUUCACAUGUAGAAUAAGAUCUAAUUUGGUGGUCUAUCUGAAUAGGCAAAUUCCACGAAGUGGGACCAGGGAACAAGUUUUUAAACUCGGACGUAUCAGAAAAAGGCAGAGAAUUCAACCUACCAACUUACGUCCCCAACAUUGAACAACUAAUGCGUUCAUUUGAGCACACUGGCACAAAUCAAGUCUUAGAGGAAAUCGACAUACUUCGAUAUCCAUAAUAAAAAACUUCUACCAAAGCAAAGCCACAGCUAGGUCCGCGUAGUAGACGAGCUCAAAAAGCAUUGAUAGACAAGGAUGCAUACUAAGUCCUAUGUUCUUCAAUAUAUAUGAUUAAUGGACUAUAAGGCAUGCCUUAGAGAAAGAAGUGAUUAAGGUAUCAAAAUUUACAACCUGCAGUACGCUGGGGAUGAAAAUGAACUUCAACAACUGAUACAGAUUGUAGCAGGAAAAUGCAUGGAAGCCGGUCUUAAAAUUAGCCAAAAUGCAGACCAAGAUAAUAGUAGACUGGCAAUACCAAAACAGAUGUAUUGGUGGUGUCUUGUCUUGAACUGAAAGAAGAAUUAUUCACUUAGUCAGACAUGGAUUUUUGAUAAACUAACUCUGAAAGGCAUGGCGCAAGGAAAGAGAAGUCGCGGAAGAAUUCCAUCAAGAUACUUAGAUCUGGCAACACAACUAACUGCUAAAAACAUCAACCACAAUCAGUAAGAAUGGCUAAAUAUCGAGCUCAAUGGAGAGUUGAAGAAAUUUCAUGAAGUCAAAAACUAGCGUUAAAAAUUUUAAUGGUAAAAUCGUUAGAAUGAACGGAAUUUUAGAAUACGACAAUCACGUGACCGAUUGCAGAAGUCAUAUUUUUACAAAUUGUGUGGAGAUAUGAGAAUAAUCAAUUACAAAAUAUUAAAAAUCAACCAACAGAGAAGUAUCAAAUAAACACGCACAAAUGAGAACACAAAAUAGAGACACGCCACUGCUGGGAGGCGUCUCCGCAAUGGUCGAACAAUAGAAAUCUCCACGUGCUGUCCCAUUUCGAAAUUACUCGCACAUUACAAGUCUUUUUUUUUUUUCAUAUGGACACACACAACACACCAAAUUUUAUGAAUUUGUUCUAUUAAGCAAUAAAAAAAAGGAACGACUUUUUAAAAGACUCCAUAUUUCAAAAUGUUGAAGAUUUCGAAAUAUUGUUAAUAAAAUGUUUUUGUAUUUUGUUAUGAGUUGGUUAACUAUGGCGAAAAAAAAGAAUCGAGCUCUACUGGGACGUCGUCACUGACUUCCUGUGAUUUUGUAAAUCUGUGUUUAAAGGUUUUGUACCACCUAACUUAGUUUUUUUAUGGUAUUGAUUUUUUCGAUUUAUUUUUAUUAAAAUACUAAAGUUAUACAUGUAUGCCUCAAAAGGGAAAUCCUAUAUACCAUAAUGUUGUAUAUCCUGUUUGAGUAAAUUUUAAAAUUCUUGGGGAAAAUGUUAUUGAUAAAAUUUGUUCCAUUCUUAGAAAUUCAAUAAAUUUAUAUAACUUUCGUUUUAAUAACUUAAUUACUGGACACGAUUUAUAAGAUUAAAUAAUAUUUCUUUAGUGCUAGAUUAUUUUUUCUUUUUGUCAUGUUUUGCAUGGUCCAUAGCAUUUUUAUAAAUGAAAAACUUUUUAUUGCAAAUAUUUUAACCACUCUCUAUUUAUUUAUUUAUAAAGUAUCGACAUAGGCCACUAAAAUAGAUCCUUCUUUACAAGGAAAUCAAUUCCAAAUAUAAGAUUGCUUCGCAAUCUCAUCGCUGCGCGGCUUCUUGUCCUAAAAAGCCGUAUUUCAUUGAGCCUACGCCCUGUAUAAAGAAUUUCAGGGUCGCUGAAGUUUAAAAAUUUGUACAAGUAGUAGCUAUUUCCAUUGAUAUUUUGUCAAAUAUCUCGCGACCAUGAUGGAGGAAAACUGUAAAUAGAAAAGUGUAGCUCUCUGCGCACUUUACGAUACUGUUUCAACCAAAUUAUCAAAUGGAGAUUUGGCGGAUCUUUUAGAUUUUUUGCCCAUGAACGACAAAUUUUGUUUUACGGCUAAUAAUUUACUUUCGAAAAGAACAAUUUUCAGGGUCUCUUAGACUUUUGCCUACAAUUGAAAAACCCUGUAUAUAAUAAAAAAAAUGCUUGAAAUAGUCGAUUUUGCCGAUCGGUUUAAUAGUUUUCGAGAAAAUAUUUUUCUUUUCUGGUAGCCACUAACCUAACAAAAAUUUUCAAAAAUACUUGGCCUGAGUGAAUGUGCCCACUUUCUACAGUUUAGAUGUAGGUGUGGACUUUUACUUUUCUUCAGAAUUUGAAGUGCAAAUUUGAAACACCUAUUACAUUUUUUAUUAUAAUACAGAAUAUCUCGAACACCCUGUACAAUAUGUGAAAAGCUUAAAUACAACAGUUUUAGCUAUCUAUUCGGGCUAGAUGGCCAUGUGAAAGAAUCUGAAAACUGAAGCAUGGUUUUCUAAUUAUUAUUAUUAAUUAAUUAAUAAUUUAAUUAUUAAAUAGAGAACGGAUAACAGACAAAAAAAAUAUUUUCGACGCUGAUUCGUGCUGUACUAACGGCGGUUCAGUAGGACCAACCGUUAACAGAGAAUUAGAGUUUAGUGAGAAGCGCGUAUACUUUCGCAAAAAAAAUUAUUUCAUCAAUUUCGCGAAAGCAACACAAGUUGUAUUUAAACCUGCAAACGUCACUUUUAAAUUAAAAUUUAAAAUAAGUCAGAAACGGGAAGACUUAAGUUUGGGUAUUGAAUAUGAAACGUGUUUAGAAUUCAUAAAUGGAUCAAUCUACAGGACGUUCUAUUUAAAAUAAGAAAGUUGUUGAAUGUCCACAAACACAAACAUCCUGUAUACAUAAAAAUCUAAUAUUUUAAAGUUGUCAGUGAAUCCAAACAUCUUUUGUCUUAAAGUUUUUGAUUUUGCUUAUAGGUUCUAAGAUAAGAUGUGAUCCCAUAAUAAAUCGGCGACAUUGUACAGGGUUAUUUUUUAUAUUCGCGUACCCACCUGCAGGGACUAACGGAAAUUAUUGUUUUCUUAAAAGUUGUAUAAUUUUCCCAGUAUUGUCCUUUAGACUUGUAAAAGAAAACAACUGCGCAUGGCAAAGUUGAGCAAUAUUAGCAAGCCUUUUAUUUUUAAAUGGAACACGCUAUAUAUUUUCUGUUAUGACGAAGAUCUUAUAGAUUGUUGAUAGUUGAAUAAGCUGUUCUUGAAUUAUUUAAGUUUAAAAUUUUUAUUAUCUAAACAGAUGUUAUUCAAGUUGGCCUGGCGCUCCGCAAAUUGAGUAAGAAAAGCUUUUUUAUUUCAACAAGUGUUAAUUGACCAAUAGCAUUUUUAAAAAAUCUAAACAUAAUAUCAAUAACAAAAAACGAUAAUAAAACCGAUAACAACGUAAUUAAACGAACAAUAAUGAAAAUGUAACGCGAAGUAAAUGGUUGUGUUUUCUAUAUAUCCCAACGAUUUGCUAAUAUUAUUUCUUAUUUUAUAAGUCGCAUUCAAAAUAAUAUCUGAAUGAUCUUUCUUGAGCAUGAAUAUUUCUUGUUCAAUUCUUUGGCUUAGCACUCGUAUAUUUUGAGGUCCGUCAUUGUAUAGUCGGUUUUGGUUUCCAUCAAGAAAAAUCGGUCCGACUAUUUGGUUGGUCAGCAUGCCACACCAAACAGGAACCGAUCUACGACCCUGUAUUUUUACUGGUUGAUUAAACUGGCGGAUUAAACAUACCUGCCGUCGAGAAGGUUGCUAAAUCAGUAAAAAUAAUUUUACUAACUGAAUAUUUGGAUUUAAAGUAAAGUGACGCAAUACGUCACACUGAAAGUCUAGCCAACUCGAUCAAUAUCUGUUUAGUUAAUAAGAAAUUUAAACUAACUUUGCGAUACGCAUUUGUUUCCUUUUACAAGUGUAAAAGGUAAUACUGCAAACAUUGUACAACUUUUGUAUUAAAAGUUUUUGUCAGUGACUCCCGUUGACCCCUGUAUGGGUAUGCAAAUACAAAAAAUAACCCUGUAUGUAGAAGCGUCAAUACGAAAAUCAAAAAAAUCGUUGUCUCCUGCCCUAUUCUUCUUUUGUCAGUUCUGGCCUUUAGUUUAGGCCAUCAAUCUGACGCCACCUUAUCACCUCAGACGUAAGUUUAUUAAAUCUAACAAAAUUACGUUCAGGUAAACCUGCCGGAAAUCGCUCAAUGAUACAUUAGGCAACCACAGAAAAAAGCAAAGUAAAUUAACUUUUUCGGUCAAUACGUCGAUUCUCGAAGUAAAAAUGACAUUUUACGAUUCGUUUGAAAUGUUUUUAGUAUUUGCAGUUACUGCUUUUGUUCAAUUAAAAGACUUGAUUGACAAUGCACAAAGAUAUCAGUAGUGCCAGUGAUAAUAUUAUAUUUUAAGCUUUUUGUGGUGUGUGCUGUAUAAAUUUUUGCUGCACCAAUUUAAGACAAAUGCAAUAAGCUCAAAAACCUGUUAAAUAUGUAUUCUAAAAAUAUUUGAGUUG